CAUAUUUGGUAAAAACGUCAAAAAUGGUCUGAGAUUUGCGUUUUGCUGCAGUGUUUUACAAAAAUUCAUGUAAAAAUAAAUCGUGACCUCGCUGAGUCGUUUCUUAUGUGAUACCUACAAUAGAUACACUAAAAUACUUUCGUGAUAAUUUUACCAGUGAAUUGUAACAAAAUGACCUCCAGUUAAGUGACGGCCCAUCGAGAAGCUUAUUUUGAGCGAGGCGAUAUGCGCCGCCGCAGAUAAUCGCCAUUCUGUUGUAGCAUCGAGUAUAUUAAGGGGUUAUCAAAAUGGCGUCGGUGUGGAAGCGUCUCCAGCGAGUCAACAAACGCGCCGCCAAGUUCCAGUACACCGCCGCCUACCACCGGAUCGAUGUUGAAUUGACGCCUAAAUGGAAACCCAACAAAUUGAGCAUUGUAUGGACUCGCCGGUCGAGACGCGUGAUAACUGAGCCUCUAGAAUGGGAGCCUUCUUUGAAAGACCCAUUGAAAGGGUCGGUGAUAUUCGCUGUCCCGGAGAAUCAGACGGUGGCGGUGACGUUGUUUCGCGACGCGCGCACCAACGAGCUCGAGGACAAGGACUGGAUCUUCGUUCUGGAGGAUGUGUCCCCAACAGGGAAGCGACGGCGGUUAGCGGCGUGCGCGGUGAACCUGCGUCGGCACGCGUCGCUGGCGCCGGCGCAGCGCGCGCUGCGGCUGGCGCUGGAGCCCGUGUCGCGCAAGCUGAAGGCGGCGCGGCUGCACCUCACGCUGCACUGUGUGCUGCUGCGCGAGGGGCAGGCCACCGAUGAAGACAUGCAGUCGCUCGCGUCGCUGCUGUCUGUGAACAACAAUUCCGACAUCGCCGUGUUGGAGGACUUGGACGAGGACGACUACACGCUCUCUGACAACUCCACCAGACAGAUGUUCGAUUUACGCCAGCAAAUGGAGGAAAUGACCCAAAGUUUGACCAAUAGCGACAUAGCGGCUACCCCUAACAGCGUUCAAAGUCUCAAUUUCGACAAUUCGCGCACUCCUACUGCCCCAAUGACCCCUGAAUCUACCACCCCCACCACUCCUAUACCUUCAAAAGAAGUCCCCGAUUCCAAUGACGCAAAAGAACCUAACCUAAAAAUACCUGAGACAUCUAUAGCACCGAAGUCAAGACCAGAAUAUUUGAGCAAUCUAACUAAACUAGCGAUGAAAACAGAACCGCAUAGCGUUCCCAAAUUUACGUCAACGCCAAAAAUUAUUCCAGCGACAACGGAUGAGAGUAAGGUAGACAAUUUAAAAUGGGGAGUGUUGAAGCCUAAAACUAUAGCAAAAAGGAACCUUAAGCCGUUGGAAUUAAAGAGUAAUUUGAAUAACAUAAGCCUGGAUACAAACGACAAUGAAAAGGAAAUUGAUAAUGACAAAACGCCGGUCGCUGAUGUGGAGAAGUUUUUAUCUGUCAAGGGAUUGGAUAAAGACAAAACACCGGUCCAAGAUCUUCUGGAGUGGUGCAGCAGUGUGACACGCGAGUACAGCUACUGCCGCGUCACCAACCUGUCCACCAGCUUCCGCAACGGGCUCGCCUUCUGCGCCAUCAUCCACCACUACCGGCCCGACCUCAUAGACUUCUCCGGACUGCAAGCAGAGGAGGCGGAGGUGAACGUGCGCACCGCACUGGAGGCGAGCGCACGGCUCGGCAUCGCUCAAGUGCUCACGGCCGCGGACGUGUGCAAGCCGCCGGUGCCUGAUAAACUUGCGAUUAUGACGUACCUGUUUCAACUGCGUGCGUACUUUACGGGCAACGAGUUGCAAGUUGAACAAUUGGGCAACGACGAGGCGGAGUCGUCGUACAUGGUGGGACGCCACGACACGGACGCGUCCAUGCCCGCUGAGCUGUUCAGCAGAGAAGUGAGCACGCGUCGCUCGCGCAACAUGGCCGACCGCCCGCGCCCCGUGUCGCAAGGCUCGCAGGAGUCGCGCCAGUCGCAGGAGCGCUCGCCGGACAAGUCGCCGGCCGCAAUGCGCGACGUGCGCGACAUGCUGCUGCAGUCCAAGACCAUCCUCGGCAAGAUGCUGUCGCCGGCCAAGGAGCGGGAGAAGCCUACCGCCAAGUGGUUCGCUGACCCGCUCAAGGCCAACGAGCCAAUACCCGCGAGGCCUGAAAAGUUGAUGACGCGGAAGGAGUUUACGGAUCCCUUCGCCUCAGACGAUGAGGAGGAGCCUCCUCCUCCGCCUACAAAUACAAUUACUAACACAAAUACCAAUGAUAUUGCGAAUGGUGUAAAACCAGAACAGAAACCAACAAUAGAGCCAGCUAUUACAGACCCGUUAACCAUUCAACAACCAGAAAUAGUAACCAAUGGAUCCAUACCAGAAAAACCUAAACCAGUGACGCCUGAAUUACCAAAACCAACGCCGCAAUUGUUAUCGCGUCAUGACGAAUUGAAAGAGAGAGCGAGACAGCUGCUGGAAGCCACGAAACGCGAGGCGAGGGAAAAGGACAAAACUAAACGGCAGAACAGUAAAGAGGGUGACGAAAAAAGUGAAAUUUAUAAUGGAGUCAAAAAUGGAGACGUGGGAAGUCCUAAAAAGCCGGUAACAGAAGAGGAAAGACAGGCGAUGCUACGCGAACGAGCGAGAAAGUUGAUAGCUGAUGCAAGAGCAGGCAUUGUCAGCCCAACGUCCCCUCUGUCACCGUCGCGAACGCGUGGUACCGUGGAAAUCAUCACCAAAGAGUCUGUAUUGGAAGAACUGGCUGCAGCGGGCGGUGUGGAGAGCUUAGAGGGCCUGGUGCCCAGACCUGAUUCCGCGCCUUCCAGUCCCGGCUCGAGGAAAAGUGCCGCAAGUCCUGAUAGAUCUGAGCACGCGAGCGAGGACAGUCGCAGCGCGCGCAGCGUCACGCCGCCGUCGCCGCAGCGCCUCGCCGCGCUCGCCGACCGCCUGUCGCCCGAACACUUCAACAUACUGGAACAGGGUCGCGAGACGGGGUCGUACAUCGCGAGCGAGCUGGAGGCGCUGGAGAAGGAGCAGAGCGCCAUCGACGAGAAGGCGGCCGCGCUGGAGAAGCAGCUGCGCAGGGUCAUGGACGCCGCCGACAACACUGAGGAGGAAGACCGGCUGAUGUCGCAAUGGUUCAAUCUCGUCAACAAGAAGAAUGCUUUACUAAGAAGACAGAUGCAACUUAACAUUCUGGAACAAGAGGAAGAUCUUAGUAGAAGAUGUGAGCUUCUAGAUAGAGAGUUGCGUCUGUCUUUGGGUGUAGAAGAGUGGAGAAAGACUCCUGGACAAAAGAGAAGAGAAAGACUGUUGCUACAGGAGUUGCUGGCGGCUGUGAACGAAAGAGAUCGCCUGGUGCAAGAAAUGGACGAGCAGGAGAAAGCGAUAGCAGAAGAUGACGAAAUCCAACGUAACCUGUCGAACGUGGAGAUUCAAAGGAAAAACAACUGUAUUUUACAGUGAAUAAGGACUAAAACUUAUCAACGCUUACUUAGGCAAAUAGCUUAUAUCAACGAGACAUCGACUCAAAAUGACUCGCGAUUCGGUUAGUUUAUAUACAUAAUAUGGAUACUAUUGAUUAAAUUUUUGAUGUAAUUUCUAGCGAUGUAUAGAGUGAUUUUCUGAGAUGAGCUUGUUUGGAUAUUGUUUGAAAGACGUAAGCAAUAGUGCAAAAUGAGUUUUUGUUAUUUAUGCAAUGGAAGAUAUUUUGAAAUAUCAAUUUGUUUUUGUAGUCUCUACUGUGAUUCUACAUCUUAGGUUUUGUGUACAUUGUUUGAAUAUGAAAAUUUUAAAAUUUCCACAUUCAAACAAUGUAUUCAAUUUUAAGUUUAUACAAUUUGAAAAGAAAAUAUUUAUUGUUUUUAUAUUAUAAUCUAAAAGAUUUGCCUAUGAUUUUAGAACUUGUCUCAACUGACGCAUCUCAAAAUAUCACCCUGCAAAUGUCCAUUAGACAUUAAAAUCUAGAUAUUUGUUAAAAUUCUGCCUUUUAAAUAGAUUGAAAAAAGUUGAAUUCUUUUGAAUUUUGUAAAGUUACAUAUUUGAAAUGAUACGUUAUAAAAGUAACAAUAUUUUUAUUUGAUAAUAUUGACUGCGAUAAUUUAUUGUAAAAUUCGUUUUUUUAUUAUUAAUAGUUUUUUUCAAAUUAUUUUUUAAUAUUUAAUUAAAUAUAGUGACUAAUAUCGGCGUUACUGUUGUAAGUCGAACAAAAUACUCAUAAUAUUUGUUUCCUAUAAUAAUAAUAAAUAAUAAUAAUUAAGUAUUUAAGACUUAACACUUGGGAUGUUUGCACUUGCAAUCACCAUAUAAAAAUAUUAAAAAAUAUGUUUAUAAAACGCCAAUAUACCUUUUGGUUUGCUAAAUUAUGCCUUUAUAGAUAUAUCGCGUAAUAAAAAAGUAAAAUCUAAUUUUUUCAAUGGACUUAAGGGAGUACGUACAUCUAAGCAAGCACACAGACCAUGCUAUACAGGAUGUUCCGUAAUUAAUGGAUAAAACUCAAACGGUAGAUACACCAUCUAAUUAUUUAAAACUAAUUUGAAUAGUUUUCCAAAAAUGCCUAGGGUGACCAAGUUAUAUUUUUUUUUUCGGAUUUUUUCGAAUUACGGGACAUCCUGUAUAAGAACAUAAAAUCGUCCUGUUAUUUUGCGUGCGAAUUGUAACUGUAACAGAUGUAACAGAAGUUAGUCGAAGAAUCCCAAUCGAUAGACGAUUGUAACAAGAAAUAAUAGCCUAAAUAAAUCCUAGUCAAAGACAUUAAUUUAUUUUAGAUAAUAUAUUUACGUUUUAAAAUUUAAAAAAAAACUAAAAUAUUUUUUUUUUUUGUUUAGCCUGUCUGCACGCCAGUGUUUGAAUAAGAUAAUUUGAUAGCAGAAUCAAAAAAUCGAUAGCAAACGUUAACGACGUAUAAUAAAAAAAAAUAGAUUAUCAAAAAUACUUCCUUCGGGUACUAUGCAUUGGUUUUAAUAAGUGCAUCAUCAUUACCAGCCGAUGGACGUCCACUGCCGGACAUAGGCCUCUUGCAUUGGCUUCCAAACAAAACGGUCUCGAGCCGCCAACAUCCAGCUUCUCUCUGCAACCCGCUUGAUGUCCUCGGUCCAACUAGUGGGGGGUUGCUAUUCCAGCACCUUGGGAUUCCAACAUCCAACGGCUCUUCAAACUAUGUGACUUUCGCGACUCGCUGAGCUAUGUCAGUGACUUUGGUUUUUCUACAGAUCUCCUCAUUUCUGAUUCGAUCACGCAGAAAAAUUCCAAGCAUAGCUCGUUCCAUUGCGCUCUGAGUCACUUUGAGCCUUUUUAUAAGGGCCACAGUUAGCGACCAGGGCACGGAUCCGCAAGUCACUGGCAACACGCACUGUUCGAAGACUUUCACUGAAGAAUUUCGGAAGAAAAGAUGUCGCAGAGUUUCCCAAAAGCUGCCCAUUAAUUUUAUAAUAUACUAGCGGACGCCCGCGACUUCGUCCGCGUAAAAAUUGAUGUAAACUUCUCUACCUCUACCUUAUCCUGCUCGUAAACCUACACAAUCCUACCCUACCCUACCCCUACCUUACUCCUACCCUACCGCUAACACUAACCCUACCCUCCCCCCACCUUACUCCUACCCUAACCCUACCCGUACCCUAUCCAUACCUUACCCUACCCUACCCCUAAUCUACCCUUACCCUACCCCUACCUUACCCCUACCCUAACCCUACCCUACCCGUACCCAACCCGUACCCUACCCCUAUUCUACUCCUCCCCUAUACGUUCCAUAACCUUCCCCUACCUCUACCUUGUCCCUACCCUACACUACCCCUACCUUAUUCGUACCCUACCCUACACUUUCCCUAAAUUACCCCUACCCUACCUAUAUCCUACCCCUUCCCUACCCCUAUCCUAUCCCUACCCUCAGCAAAAUUGGUCCAGCCUUUUGUGCGUGGUGCAAUGACCAAAAGACUAUAAUUUCCCAAGCGACUUCUAUGCUAAUACUAUAAAGAGGUAAAGUUUGUGUGGUUGUCGGGGGUAAUAUCUGGAUCUACUGGACCGAUUUGGAAAAUCCUUUUACCAAUAGAAAGCUACAUUAUUUGCGAGUGUCAUAGGCUAUGUCUAGUUCUCAUAUUCACACGGGAACGGGAAACACGUAAUUGAAACCGCGGGGCGUCAUAUAGCGGCAUUUCUGCGACUUUCAGAAAUUUUGUAUUAUCUCCGAAACUAUAUAACUAAUUAACAUACUGUAAAGGGCAAAUCUUAUCUCUAUAAUAUCCUUGUGAUUAUUAAAUAAUUUAUUUUGAUAAGGAUUUAAGUUUAGUUGUGUAAAUAAUGACGUAAACCUUAAUUUAAAAUUUAAAUAAUUUAUUAAAGUACUAAAGGUACUAUAUCUGCUAAAAUAUAAAAGAUAGAUAUAUGGUGUCGCGGACUUUUUUGUAGAACUUUUAAAGGUUCAAAAAGCCUCCAUACAUUCAUUUCAGUUAUACGCAAUGGUUGAGGCAGCGCAUGCGAAUAAGUAAGUUUUUCGGUCCGACCUGUAAGAGAAAACCCGCGAUAACUCAGUAGUUAUAUAUGAUAGAAAUAUAAAAUAUAGCCUAUAGCACUCCCCGAUAACGUAGCAUUCUACUGGUGAAAGAAUUUUUAAAAUCGGACUAGUAGUUCCGAAGAUUACCCCAUUUCAAAAAAUUGUUACAAACUUACAAACUUACAAACUUUACCUCUUUAUAAUAUUAGUAUAGAUUAAAUAUUAUAAGUGCAUAUGGAUUAUGGUAGGAUAAUUGUUCUAAUAGUGUUAGGCGGAUGGGGAUGGCGUAGGUUUGGUUUCAUUCAGACCCAUUAGGAUAGUGUAUCGUUAAUUGUUUAGAUACUGCCAGCAAUAUUUUAUGGGUACGGUUGGUGCGCUUACGUAGAUGUGUAUAGUGCCUUAAAAGUUCGUAUGUUUUUUUUAGAACUAUGUACUGAAACUAUUUCAACACAUAUUUUUAAUCGAAAGUAAAAUCAUCAUUAUAUCUUACUUCACAUUACGCUUUCACACUGAAUCAAUUUGUCAGUUUCUUCAUUUAGUGUUUAAUAUAUUUAUUAAAUAUUGUUUCCAUUUAAUUUUAUUUAGUUAAAAGAAUAUUUUAAAAAAUUCUGGUGCCUUUGAUGUUGUGGGUGAAAAGCACUAUUGGCAUCAAGCUUUUUGUAUUAUGUAUUAUUUAUAUCACCAAAGAAAUACGCCUAAACACUUCUUAAGCGUUCACGCACAUUUCAUAUUGUCGGAUCCGAUUGUCGUAUGAAUCGAUUGCGAUACCAUUUUUACAGUAAUUUAUUUAUGACCUUUAUGUAUAAAUAAACAAUAAAUAAUAGUACAAAAACUAUAGACAGCCUAUAUAUUUUAGUCCUCGCCUGGGUGAUUAGGGAGCCAUGACAAUAGAGGGUUGCGACAGUGAGCGUAGGAGUAUUUCCUAUUUGUUGUCUCUUUCUGUCACUUAUACCCCAUGUAAACUGGAAGGACAGUAUUGUUUACAUUAUGAUAACAAUAAAAUACACUUAUCAAGAGAUUAUCGUUUAUCUAUAUGGAUAUUGAAAUUGAAAUGAAAGGCAGAGUAAUUACAUUAUAUAUAUCAUUUGAAUGUACACCAUCACCAUAUCUAUAUUAUCAUCAUCUCACUAUUGAGUUUAAUUGAUAUUUUCAGAAUAAGAAAAAGAUUAGACCCACGCUGGCUAAAAGAAAUUACCUACGGCUUCUAUUUGAAUAGUACAAAAUCCCUGUAGUUAAAUGAUCGGAUCCGAUAUUAUAUGUGCGACUGCCUUUAUCAAAUCUCGGUUUUAAUUUAAAAGUACAAUGCCAUAGAUAAUUUAAUUUCGUUUAAAUGUACAAAAUAAUGGACUUUAUUUUUUUUAACGUAAACACGCGUACUUUGAAUGAAAUGUAAAUAUUAGUCAUUUUUUUUACUAGUUUUUAAUUGAGUUUAUAUUUAUUUAUACGGCUAUGUUAGAUAUUACCUGUUCUUGCCUGUUAAUAAUGGGCGUUUAUUAUGGUAUGACUUUGGCCAUACUAAAACUAAACUAAAUUUAGAAAAUAAUAUGGACUAAAGUUUAGUUUAUUUAUGGUACGCAUACAUGGACGCUAAAGUGGUUUUAUUUAUUUUUAUAGUCAACAGUGAAUAGUUUCAAGUUAUUUUGUGAGUUAUUUUUAAUUAAUAGAUAAAUAUAUUUUGAGGAAACAUAAAAACUGGAAAAUAAAAAUAUAAGCAAACUUUAUCACAAAUAACAAUAUAGAAAAAUAAUAAGGAAAAAAAAAUAAUAAAUCUAUAGAAUUUUAAAUAAAAUAGAAACUGGUGUUUCUAGUUUAGUUUUAAAAAAAUAUUUAAAAAACAAAGUUUCCUCAUGUAAUAUUUUCCUAAUAUCACUAUUUUAUUUUUUAUUGUACAGGAAAUAAUUAUAAUAAUUAACUAUCUAAAAACAAUAAAAAUCAAAACUAACUGUUUUUGAAAAGUAUUCCAAAGUUAAUUGUUUCCGAUAAAAAAUAUUUUAACACUCUAAAAUAAUUAAAUAUUUGUGAAUCACAAAUAAAAUAAAUUAUCCCUUUAUAAUAAUUAUUUUUAUAUCUUGCAUUAAAGCUAUCGAUCGUAAUAGUUUUAUUACAUUCUGUUUAGCUACUCUAUAAAAUAUCAAAUGCCUCAUGAUAAUUGGUUUAAUGUAUUGUAUACAAAAUUAAAGUGGGAGGUGCUAAAAACGUAAACUUAUGUGUACGUAUUUAUUGUGCAAUCUUUAUAAGUUUUUUUACAUAUAUAUAUUAAAUUAGUUUUAUUUAUUAAAAAUGAAUUAAAAGAAUGAUUGUCGAUGGAAUUUUGGGCUGUAAAAUAUUAACGGUUUAAAAAUUUAUUUUAGAUAUUAAAAAAGUUUUAAUUCGUUGAAUAAUGAGGCAAAUAGAAAAGUACCGCAAAAAACCUAAAGAUAGAAUAACAAAAUUUUAAAUAGUCCAAAUCGUUAAGUUUGUAUAGUCAGUUGCAAUCUUUAUGACGUUUCGGAAUAUCGUGCGCUAAGCUGCGCAAUACAAGUUUUUAGGUAUCAGCGGUAACGUAAGACCACUACUACUACUACCUACUACCAGAAUCAAGGAUUUUCGUAAAUAUAAGAGUUGAGCGUCUCAUCACGAUUAACUUGAUACUCAUGGAAAAUUAACUUGAUAGUUGAUUUAUGUUAGACCGACAGAUAUUUCAACGACAAUCAUUCCAUACAACAGGCUUGGUCUUCAAGCUAACAUUUUUAAGUUCUAUAUACGAGUAUAUAGGACGUGACUUAAAUAUUUGUAUAUAUAGUUAGAUUUUAGUUAUAUAAUACUUUAUCAUAAGAUAUACAUACAAAAUGUAACACAUAGUUAUAUUCAAUGCAUGCAGUGAUAUAUUUCUAAUUAAAAUUGAGCAUUGCCCCAUCAUCUCCUCUAACCUGCAUUUAACCAGCGUGGUGGGUGUAGCUCUAUAUCCCUUCCCCAUAAGGACGGAGGCCUGUCACUAAAGUAUGCUUGUUUUGCCCACAUUAGUUGAUGUAGCAUGUCGGGUUUUCCACAUAAUGUCCUCCAAUCAAUAAUAUUUAACUGUAAAAUUUUAAUUUGGAAUAUAUCUAAAGCUAAAAAAAUAUAUCUAAAGAAUGGCAAGUCGGCUUAGUAGAUAUGUGGUACAAAGUUAGUUUUAAAACAUAAUUCAUUUUAAAUUAUCAUAUCUAAUGUAACGCCAAAGAUAUGAAAUGCAAUGUGAAGAAACUUAAAUAAUAAAGGCUCCGCGAAGGCCACCAAAGACAUUUGCGGUGCAUCCGUGUAUACUAGGGCAUCGUUUCCCAACCUGUGGUCCCCGGACCCCUGGGGGUCCGCGAGUAUGUGUAUGAGGGUCCGCGGUGUCAUCUCUGGACCUAAUCGUUACGCUUACUUAAAGCAAGCAGAUUUUAUUAUUUUUAGAUGAGAGCACAGAUGUGAGAAAUGAUGCAAACUUGCUUGCAUAUGUUCAUUACGAACACAACAACAGUACAAGUGAGGAUUUUUUAUUUUGUUUACCUCUGCCUUCGCACACUACAGGUGAAGCAAUAUUUGAAGUAUUGAACAACUUCAUUCCACUCAUGAAAUUACUUGUGACAGUUAGUAUUGUAGUUAGUUUGCGGCAGUUAGUACCGACGCGACGUUACUCGGGCUAUG